AUGAUUUUCAUUCUUUUAGAGAAAAGGUUCUCAACAGUACCAACAAACUUUCUGUUGUUCAUUUUGUGUUUAGUUGACUUAGUUGCUUUGUGCACUUCCUGCCUAUGGCAUAACCUUCAUCGAUAUGGUAUUAUAGACACUUAUGAGAUAUGCGCUAUUAGAGUUUUCAUGCAGACAUUUUGUCCAAUUUAUUCUGGACUUGUCAGUGUUUUGAUGGCGCUAGACAGGGCUAUGGCGUUUAGCGUCCCGUUUUUUUACCGUUCGAAAAUUACGAAAAAGGUUUGGUCUAUUGUUUGCUUUUUGGGGUGUAUAUGUAUUGCAUGUAUUUGCAUUUUGCCACAUCUUGGACUAGGGAGCAUGUGGAAUGCUGUUAAAAAGGGAGACUCUGUCAAAUACAAAUGUUCGGCAUUUCAAUUCCCAAAAGAAUCUAAGCAAAGAAUAUUCUUGAUAUUAUUUUCAUCAUCUGGCAUAAUUCUGAUAAGCCUAAUCGCCAUUUGUAAUUUCAUUGUUGUGGUAACCGUGAUGAAACUUAGACAUAGAAAUAUAGAAGCAAAGAAGAAAAGCGGAAGUAAUAUGUCCACAAAAGCUUUAGAAUUACGAUUUGCUGUCAUCGUUAUCACCCUGGCUUGUGUGUUUAUUACCUGUUGGGCACCAUAUAACGUUUGGGUUAUGUAUACUUUGUUAGGUGUGCAUAUGUCGCCAACAACAAUGGGAAAAAUACAUAUGUUAGCUGGAUUCAAUUUUUCUAUUGACCCUUUUGUGUACUUGAUUAUUCGGAAGUCUAACAGACUAGUUAUAAGACGUUUCUUCCAAUGCUGCCGAUGUUGUCGACAAAAGAAAGUGCUGGACUUCACGACUGUUAAUUCAACUAAACAGCUCGACGAUUUGGCUUCUAAAGCCACACUCAACACAUAG